UGAAUUGUCAGUGUCAUCUGUCAGUCGGCCAGUCAGACGUCAGUGGUUAAUUAUUCGUUGGUGUUUCUUGUCGUCUGUGCGGUUUGCGAAAAUGUUUCUCGAAGCCUAAGUGUUUAGGCAUCGCGUGAACAAUGAAAAGCAGUCCCACACGUAAAUAUGAACAUUUUACAAACGAACACCAGGCGAAGGACACGGACAAGUAUUCCCUAGACAGCCAAGACACUGCCAGUGUGCACUCGGAGGACGGUGGCGGGGGGCGGCGCGGGCUGAUCGACGUGAGCGCAGGCGCAGGCGACAUGUGGAUCAGCGCGGUCGAGAGCUCCAUACUGACGUGGGAGGAGGUGGCAGAGCGUCUGAACGUGGACGUGCGGCGGGGGCUGUCAUGGCGCGAGGCUAACGACCGCAUGAACUUCGUCGGGCCCAAUGAGUUCCAGGUCAAGGAGGAGGACCCGCUCUGGAAGAAGUACAUCGAGCAGUUUCAGAACCCGCUCAUACUUCUGCUGUUAGGUUCGGCGGUAGUCAGCGUGUGCAUGCGACAGUUUGACGAUGCGAUAUCGAUCACUGUGGCCAUCAUUAUAGUGGUGACGGUCGCCUUCGUCCAAGAGUACAGGUCCGAGAAAUCGCUUGAAGAGCUGAACAAACUGGUGCCGCCGACAUGCAACUGUGUACGCGAAGGCAGUCUGGAACAUUUCCUAGCGCGCAACCUCGUUCCUGGCGACAUCGUCCACUUGGACGUUGGAGACCGAGUCCCGGCAGACUUGAGACUUUACGACUCGACGGACCUCGCCAUCGACGAGUCUUCGUUCACUGGCGAGACUGAGCCGGCUAUGAAAAGCAUCAUGCCCAACAAAGCGGCAGCCGGGAGAGUUAAUAAGGAUAAUAUAGCGUUCAUGGGCACUCUGGUUAGAUGCGGUAAUGCAAAGGGCAUUGUGGUAUCGACCGGCGAGCGUUCAGAAUUCGGCGACAUAUUCCGAAUGAUGCAAGCGGAGGAAUCUCCGAAGACUCCGCUGCAGAAGUCGAUGGACGCUCUCGGCGGGCAGCUGUCGUUGUACUCCUUCUGCAUCAUCGGGUUCAUCAUGGUGACUGGCUGGCUGCAGGGGAAGAAUGUGCAGGAAAUGUUCACGAUAGGCGUCAGUCUCGCGGUCGCUGCUAUACCUGAAGGUCUCCCCAUCGUGGUGACGGUUACGCUGGCGCUGGGAGUGAUGCGGAUGGCGAAACGCAACGCCAUUGUGAAAAAACUACCCACAGUGGAAACGCUUGGCUGUGUCAACGUGAUCUGCAGUGAUAAGACAGGAACACUGACGAAAAACGAAAUGACGGUGACGACGAUAUCGACUUCCGGCGGGCACAUCGCCGAGGUGACCGGAACCGGGUACAACGCGCGCGGCGACGUGCAGCUCCGCGCGUACAAGGGGCGCGACCUCGACGUGGCGCGCAUGGGCGUCAACAGCAUGCUGGAGGUGGGCCUGCUGUGCAACAACGCGGUGAUCCGCGACGACGUGCUGUACGGGCAGCCCACCGAGGGCGCGCUCGUGGCGUGCGCGCUCAAGUACGGGCUCGCCGACCUGCGCGACACCUACACCCGUCUGCACGAGAUACCCUUCAGUUCCGAAACAAAAAUGAUGGUCGUGAAGUGCGCUCCGAAGUUCUCCGACGGCAAUCUGAAGGAGGAGUUCUUUGUAAAAGGCGCCAUCGAGAAGGUCCUGCCGCUGUGCACGCAGUACAUCGACAGCGCCGGCAACUACGCGCCCAUGACCAAGGAGAAGCAGAAUGACUUCUUGGCUGAGGCUUAUAAUAUUGGACGCAUGGGGCUGCGCACGAUCGCGCUGUGCCGCGGCGCGCGGCUGGAGGCGCUGGCGUACUGCGGCGCGUGCGGCGCGUGCGACCCGCCGCGCGCCGGCGUGCGCGCCGCCGUGAGCGCGCUGCGCCGCGCCGCCGUCGACGUCAAGAUGCUCACCGGCGACGCGAGGCCCACCGCGCUCGCCAUAGCUCAAAUGGUCGGAUUGGAAGUGCUCCACUCGCAAUCGCUGUCCGGAGAACAACUAGAAGCCAUGUCAGACGACGAACUGGAUAGAAUAAUUGACACGGUAAGCGUCUUCUACAGGGUGACGCCAAAACACAAACUGACAAUAGUGAAGUCGUUGCAAAGGCUCGGCAAUAUAGUUGGCAUGACGGGUGACGGAGUCAAUGACGGGGUGGCUCUAAAACGUGCCGAUAUCGGUAUAGCUAUGGGCAAGAACGGUACUGACGUUUGUAAAGAAGCGGCUGACAUGAUCCUCGUGGACGAUGACUUCGCUACCAUCAUUGCGGCGAUCGAGGAGGGCAAGUGCAUCUUCUACAACAUCCGCAACUUCGUCCGGUUCCAGCUGUCGACGUCGAUCGCGGCGCUGUCGCUCAUCGCCCUCGCCACGCUCAUGGGCGUCCCCAACCCACUCAACGCCAUGCAGAUACUGUGGAUCAACAUCAUCAUGGACGGUCCCCCCGCCCAGUCGCUGGGUGUGGAGCCGGUAGACCACGAGGUGGUCCGUCGCCGGCCCAGAGACACCUCGCGCCGCAUCAUAUCCCGAGGGCUGCUGUUCAACGUACUGCUGUCCGCGGCUAUCAUCAUCGCCGGCACCUUGUGGGUGUUUAAUAGAGAGAUGUCGGACAACAAGAUAACGCCGCGCGACACGACAAUGACGUUCACCUGCUUCGUGCUGUUCGACAUGUUCAACGCUCUCUCGUGUCGAUCGCAGACCAAGUCCGUGUUCCAAGUGGGCUUGUUCUCGAACAAGAUGUUCCUGAUAGCGGUGACGCUGAGUCUGGUGGGACAGGCGCUGGUCAUCUACUUCCCGCCGCUGCAGAGGGUCUUCCAGACCGAAGCUCUCACUUCACACGACAUAAUGUUCCUCAUUUGCCUGACGUCGAGCGUGUUCAUAGUGAGCGAAGUGAAGAAACUUAUCGAACGCACGUUGAAGAAGCGAUCGUUCGGCAAGUUCUCGACGAAGGCCCACGACGCGAUGGAUUUCGUAUGACACAAGUCCGAGGAGAAAGUGCAGUAAGUACCCACCAUGCGGACUGUGGGCGUGGCCGCGACCGCUGCCGGCCUGACAGCGCCUGUCACGCUGACAGCGCCUGUCACACUGACAGCGACUGUCGCGACGGCACCGACGCGGCCUCGAGGCAGGACGGGUGUGACCGAAGCGGUUGCGAGUUUAGUGAACAGUGCCAGUGCCGCGGACCCUACUCCAUAUACGAUGGAAUAAUCGAUAUUCCUAUACGUUUGUAGUUUAUUUAUUUCGCGUCGUAUUGUUGUUUGUGCGUGGCUUACAUUUUUAUCGAUUAAUUUAUUUUUAUUAUAAUAUGUAGUAGUGAGGUAAGUGGUAAUUGUGUUUGAUCAAAUCAUGUCGGGCCGACUGUUUAAGACCGCAUUUAUUGUGUUACCAACUUUGGUCGAAAAUUAUUUGUACAAGUUUUGGCCUAAAUUGUAGGCAAACGUCUAAAGUGUAGUCUGUGUAAUGUAAAAGUACAUAUUAAUGAAAUAAAUGUAUACUCAUAAUAAGAUCCAAGAGGUUCUAAUGUAAUAUCGAUUAUUUUAUCGAUACAAUGACAAUGUCGAUAUAACCGUCGGCACGACACGAUACAGUGGGUAAUGACCGGUGCGUGCUUUAUAAAUAAUGUAGCAAAAUUGUAUUAUUAGCGAAAAUUAUAAAAUGUCGUGAAAGUUACAGAUUAUGUAUUAUGUGAAGGGUUAUUGUCUGUGGUAAAUCGAUAUAAUCCCAAACCUCGGAUAAUAUCCUUAUGAAUGUAUACAAAA